ACUCUGUUUUUAGAUUUUGCUGAUUAAUUUUGUUGGCCAUUUCCUCCAUUUUUGCUCCUCUGCUCAAAUUUCUCCAUUCACAACCCCACUACAAGAACCGACUACCCAAAUGUUAGGCACUGUGAGUCUUGUAAUGGGCUCUUCUUCAGCCGCAGUGGCUACUUCUACGCACUUUCCUGCCCUGAAAUCUCUUCCCACCUCUCGAAUCGGCCACCACAAUCACUUCCCAACUCUUUCAUUCCCAUUCGUUUUGCCUUCCACUUCUAUUUUCACCUCCUCCUUCUUGUCUUCACCACUUUCUUCUCUUUCUUCUCCCUUCAACACCGCUAUCGCCGCCGUUAACUCCGAUUCCGCCGAUAAGCAAGAAUCGAAUAAAUAUUAUUUUCUAGUUGCAAAUGCGAAGUUUAUGCUUGAUGAAGAGGAGCAUUUCAAAGAACUUCUGUUUGAGCGGCUUCGGAAUUUUAGCGAGCGUAACAAAGAGCAGAAUUUUUGGCUUGUCAUUGAGCCUAAAUUCCUGGACAAGUUUCCUAAUAUCACAAAGAGAUUGCGGAGACCUGCCGUUGCUCUUGUUUCAACCGAUAGUACCUGGAUUACGUUUAUGAAGCUGAGACUGGACCGAGUUUUAGCCGAAAGCUAUGAAGCCAACAGCAUAGAAGAAGCGUUGGCUUCGACUCCAACGAACCUGGAGUUUGAGAAGCCUGAAAAUUGGGUAGCUCCUUAUUCUAAGUAUGAAUAUGGAUGGUGGGAGGCUUUCUUGCCGCCAGCAACAAAAGCAGAAGCAAAAGUAUAAGCUGUAUGUAGCUUUAAUUUAUUUACCAGCCUUUGUUACCUAUCUGAUCAAUUGUGAAUUUUGAUGGUGUGAGGAUUUCGUAAAACAUUUGUAGUUGGAAGGCAGUUUUUUUGGUAAUCUAGUGUGGUAAAAGCAAAUUUCUCUCUAUUGUAAUCCUAUCUUAAGGAUAUUCUUUUUUAUUUUGUUUUUUAAUACAACCUACCCUACCUUUCAACUAA